AUGUUCCGUGUAUUUAUCGAUGAACAGUGCUAUGUAAAAGAUCUAAAGGAGUGUUUUCGAGAAUAUGUAGACCUCGCCCCAGUUAAUCAACGCCUCACGCUUCAAGGCAGGCUUCUAGUUGACUAUGAAAAAUUAAAAUAUUACAACUUGGAAGGAAAACUUGUACACAUGGCUGCCUGUUUUGGAAAUCCACCUGUUCCCAAUGAAAAUAUUCAAGAAGGAAAUUCAAAUAAUAUUGAAAACAUGCCCUCGCCUACAUUGACCCGCCUCCGUGACAUAAGAUUGAUAACAGAGAAAAUCCGAGGUGACCUGGAAAUUUUAAGUGCCUUAGCUGAAGAACCGUCCCUUUUAGCUAGAAGCACUACACCGCUGAACCUAGGCGAGUACCAGAUCUCAAAGGAAGUUGCAGAUGUGGUCUUGGAAGUAGAAGAUUUAUUUCGCGUCUAUUUUCCGUAUAUGCGAAAGUACGCUGACCUUUUAAGGAGAAGUGGAGACCACGACGUGAUGUCGAACUUUGCAGAGCAGUUGGUUUGUCAGCGCUUUGUAUAUCUUGCCGGGAACCUCUUACAUAACUUCUCUCACGCUUGUCAUGUGAUAAGCGACAUCCACCUCCUCUAUACCAACAAAGGGGGGAGUAGAGUCAUGUCGGAAGGCAUGCCGCGGUCUAUACCUCAUAGGUCGCGAAUCAGCGUGGCUUGCAGCAUCACGCCCGAAAUCGUUGACGGUCAACAAUCAACCGACACGGGCACCUGUUCAGAGAGUACCAAUUUACAAGUGUCCAGCGGCGACAUGUCCUUGCUGAUCCAGCAAAUGAUGUCGCUAAGGACCUGCAGGACAUCGAGCGACACAUCUAGCUCAACGGACACCUCAAAGGUCUAUGAGUCUCAACCCGGGCCUAGCCACGACAUUUACUUCGACGCUUCGACGAGUCCUCGAAACUAUAAACCAGGCAAGACAUUGCCGUGCGAGAGCAUCUACGUCAGGGAGGAUAAGGGGCAGCAUAGCAGUGGCGCAGGACGCCUGAGCAAUGCUGCCUUAAAGAUUACGAAGCACAAUCUGAACAGUCUCUAUGCGCACUUCUCAAUGAACUCGUCUGCACCCGAGGCCGUUGUAAUAUCGGUCCAUAUACUUCUACACCAGAAACUGACGCCUACACGGGCGGGGAUUUUAGAUAGCUACAAGGUAGCCGAACUGCAAAAGAAUCUCAGUGGAAGCCUGCCACGCUUGAUCGGGCAAGACAAUUUGGUUAACUCUGACGAGUGUAUCGAUGCCCUGACUGACGCUCUUAUGGCUCAUCACGGGGAGUUUAUCGGCUGCCGCCUGCAGGUACUGUCAGCCAAGCCCGAGGUAGACGUGCUGUCGUCCAUUCGCUUACUAGUGCGUAGCUAUUUGAGUGACUAUAUUGGAGGAGCUGCAGGGUCCCGGCCGGUGGACGCCAGCCUCGUUCGCGUCUACCGCGCCUUUUGCGAACUGAUCUACUACUGCAGCAGAGGUCUGAUCCAGACAUUCAGGGAGGUAUACCGCGCCUUCUUUAUGUACUGUGCGCAGGAACUGAACGAGAUCUUACUGGACUUGCUGUUUGGCGUUGCGAUGUCUAACAUGACCUUUGGAGUGAACUUCAUCUCCCAGAUCCCAAAGACGAACUGGCGACCUCCGUUUAUCGUCGAGUGGGCGAUCACCAUCGACUCAUCGCACUCGUCCACCGAGAUCUCGAAGCCUUUGUCCCGGAGACUGCGGAAAUAUCGCAAAAAUAAAGGCAGCAGGACGCGCAGACCUAAUGCGCCUGUGAACGUAGUCUCUUCCGAAGUCUCCGACUCGUCCUCUUCUGGCCAAAGGCAUGAUUGCGGGUUUGAACAUUUUGUAGAGAGCAACCUAUGUUUCUCCUCAGCUCUCCGCGUGCGUCCACUUCGUGCAUCGCACUUCUACCCGACUUGUGUCGAGCGCCCUCUUCAGAGACGCACGCAUAAUUGUGACAAAACAAGACCCGCUGCACCACGUAGAAGUCAGCGCAUAGCUGCAACGCGAAGAAGUCUGCUCGUAGCUGCACAGCGAAGAAGUCCGCUCGUAGCUGCACGGCGAAGAAGUCUGCUCGUAGCUGCACAGCGAAGAAGUCCGCUCGUAGCUGCACGGCGAAGAAGUCAGCGCAUAUUAAACAGGAGCACAACAGAAGAUGCGGCGAUUGGCCUUGACCGAUCUUAG